AUGCGGCGCGAUAUCCAGAGCUGGCGACAGUCGGUGCAGAGAGAUGAGCGCCUGGCACUUGUUCGAGUGGUUAAAUUAACAGGAUACACGAUAUCCCAGGAGAGUGAAGAUAAAGAGUCUCACGGGGGAGACAUGCCGAAAGAACUUCGCCAGAAUGCACAGUGGAUAAGACACCCGAUCCUCAUGGAAAACGACGGAGAUCAGGAAGAAGAGCCAAGACUGCUCACUGGUAUGGACCGCAAAGGACCAUUGGGGGGGGAACCAUUGCUGUCAAUUGAGUGGCUGGAUGAGAAACCGUGGCAGCCCCUUAUCGAAUUCUGCAAAGAGCUUCCUGGGCUCGAGGACCUGGUCUUCGCGAGCGCCAGCCCAUUUCCGCGCUGCCUCUUAUCGCACCUUCACAGUGAUCAUCCGGAAUGCCGCCUGCAUAUACACAAGUUUGGUCUCCGCAGCCUUAUUCACUCGGAACUCCAUACGCAGCCCAUACAUCCCGACGACAUUGCGCUGGCAACAUCUCCUUGCCUCUACAGCAUCGUGAGCGCCACUGCCCAAUACAGAAACCGUCAAACUGUGGACUACAACAAAGAAGCUAUCAUGGAAAUGGUGAAUGGCCUUGCGCCGCGGCUCAAAAAUGUCUAUUUGCUACCAAUUAUUAUCCAAGCGACACCGGGGCCCAUGAUGACGGUUCCACGUCCGCCGUUUCAGGGGUUUCCACGAUCUGAACGUGGUGGUCUGCUAGGAAAUCGACCGCGAGGACGUCUCCAUAAUUUAACACUGCAUGAGUUCGAGAUCGGGGUUGAGAAGCUUACCGAAUGGACUGCUUGCACGGAUGAUUUUAAGCAGCUACGGUCGCUUGCGCUUAAAUGCAGCGUCGACUUAGCAGCAGUAAAGCAUCUGACACAGAUAGCCCUUAAAAACUCGUUCACGGCGCUUUUAUCCUUGGAGAUCAAUGUUGGGGCUUUUUAUAGGGUCGGCGAAAGAGAAGCGGACGCGGAUCCCCUAGCCGCUAAGCUGCUUACUGCCCUUCAUCCCUUGCAGGAGCUACUUAUUCGAGGAGCCGUUCGGGAUAAAUCAUUUUACGCGAUCACGAUACAUCAUGCAGAUACACUACAAAAGUUAUGUUUUGGUGGUGGACGGCUCGAUGGAAAGCCCCCUGUUACUAUUUCCAUGGCAGCUGCUGGUAAACUCGCGCAGAGGUGUCUUCAGAUUGUGGAACUGGAGCUACAUAUAGCCAGGACUCCUGGCGACGAACGGGAAACAGCAAUAUAUCGUUCCAUCGGUACUUUACCGCAUCUCAGAAGACUAACUCUUCACCUUCUCUGCAACAGCAAACCUGCGCUCCGAUUCUCAGAUGCCAGGGACCUCACCGACGCAAUGAUAGCUUCCUCCAUCCAGGGUAUCUAUAGACAGGCAGCGGUAGACUCAGCCCUGGCUCAUACCAUGUUUGGACUGCUCAGUGCUGGGAGCCGGCUAAGCCUGCUGGAGCUCCGCCCCUGUGGCUUUAGCGUAUCGUCCCCUCUCGGCCGGUGGCUACGCUGGCUCGGCAGAGAAUGGUCGGUCCAUAGGGAUGCAGGCAACAUAACACUGAGAGAGCGGGGCGUGAUGAUCCGACAGCAGGCCCUGAGGCAAAUUCAGAGGCAAGCAUCGUCCUCUGGAGAUUCAAAAAUACACAAGGAGGCAUGGGACGCGACCUGGCCGCCGUCUUCUGAGAAAUGGUGGGAUGACUGGGCGAGCGUGCCGCUCAAGAUGGCUGAAAAGCGUAAAUUUGAAUCACAGUGA